CAUACUGCUGUCACGACUUGUCAGUAAAUAUCAGUGCCAGUCUCAUUAUUGCUUUUACAGCUCUCUCAGCGCACUGCAUUUAUUCUCAAGGGGAGGAGACAUGAUGUUCAGCUAAAACUCCUGUGAGAAUAUUGCUUUUACAGCGGAAGGAAACUGCUCGGACAGCCCGUGGAUGCGGCGCCGUGUUCCUGCCGCCGGCACUGUGUCCCCAGGCGUGGACGCGGAGAGCGAUGAGGACUCCUUCGAAGUGAUGGACCUGACCGACUACACCAGGCAUCACCAGUGGUGGAGCCGCGUCUUCGGCAACAACUCGGGGCCCAUUGCCGAGAAGUACUCUGUGGCCACGCAGAUCGUGAUGGGUGGAGUAACCGGCUGGUGUGCAGGAUAUCUGUUUCAGAGGGUUGGGAAGAUUGCAGCCACAGCUGUUGGUGGAGGAUUCCUUCUGUUACAGAUUGCAAAUCACAGUGGCUACGUGCAAGUUGACUGGAAGAAAGUUGAAAAGGAUGUUAAUAAAGCAAAGAAAUGCCUAAAGAAGAAGGCUAAUAAAGCUGCACCUGAGAUAAAUACAUUUAUUGACGAGGCCACAGAGUUUGUGAAGAGGAACAUUGUCCUCUCUAGUGGAUUUGUGGGAGGAUUCCUGCUGGGACUAGCCUCCUAAAAACCUGUCGGUUACCACUGGACAGAUCCUCUGGAGUCUGACCUACGCACAAGACAUUGCUAUAGCUGUGCAGUAUCCUCUCCCGCCACACUUGGCGAGAAGGGUUAAACAGGUGUGCGCCUGGCUUGCGGGGACGAGGCCUGAACGCAGCGCUGCAGUGAUGCUCCCAGCUGAUCCACUCACCCCGAGCCCUGCCCACAUACUGUGCCUCUAUAGUUCCCGUUGUACAACCUCCGAACACAGAGCAGCACAACACACAGUAAACCAACUGAGUACUGUAUGAUAGAUGGGCCUUAUUCAUCUCAUUGUGAUCCAUAUACGUAUAAUAUGCGUACUCUUUACUUGCCAGGAGCAAGGUGGCACCUUGGUUACACACUCCUGUCUUUGAUUAUGUGUAGAAAACACUAACAUUUCAUUAUGUCUACUGUCAACAGCAUUUAAAACUGUGUUCAUUUCAGAUAUACUUUCUCGACACGUUGCCUAUUGAACGGUGCAAUAUUAGAUGUUAAGUGCAAUGUUAUUUUUUUCUGUGCCAAGUAAA